CGCCAGUCUACCUCUGCUCGCUUGCUCCUGCACAGGUGUCCCCUCCGGCCGGCGAUCAGCUCUUCGUCCGCGGCCUAACUAAGCCCUGACUUUGACCCCAUUACCUAAGCCAACGGGUUCUGGAAACACCGUCCCCUCUACACUCCUUGCCCUCUAUUUGGUCAAGCUCUGCUAGUUCUCGCAUUCCCACUCCACCUUAGCGCUCCCCCCUUGAUUACCUCCACCUAAUUGUCCCUUUUCGUCGGGGCCCACAUUUGUUUCACCUCUCUGCUUCAUCUCGCUUCUCCUUCUCCUUCAUCCACGCCUUCGACGACGCAAAAUGGGACACCGGAAUAUCACCAUCGACGACCGCAACACGACUAUCAUCCAGUACUCGAACACCUGGUUCAUCACCGGCACGUACAAUGCCAGCUCGACGGGGGAGAGCGGCACGCUGUCGUCGACAGAUGACCCCAACGCGAACCUCACCUUCGUCUUCCCGCAACCCGCCGUCGCUUUCUAUUACUUUGGCAUGAAGGAAUCGCAGCGAUCUGGUGGCGGCUUGUACAAGAUAUGCAUCGACUGCGAUCCCAACGACCGCGUGUUUACCGACGUGGAUGCGUACAAUGCGACGGAUGACGGUCAUAAUCCUCCUACUGUCUUGUACUCGCGAGAAUGGGAUACGCCAACUACGCACGAGGUCAUUCUCCAGAACACAGAAGACGACCGGUACGGCAACGCCACCCAAAUCACUGUCGAUCGCUUUGUGCUCACCAUCCUUGAUGAUGAUGUCCAAGAUCCGACGAGCUCUUCUGCUGGCGCUUCAUCGACAUCAAGGUCAUCUUCCACCAGCUCUGCACAGCCGACAAAUACGGCCGCGGCGGCUGGCAAGAGCAACGACGCUGGUGUCAUCGCCGGAUCUGUCGUAGGCUCGAUCGCUUUCCUCGCCAUCGGGUCUGCGCUACUCUGGUGGUUCUUCCGUGGGCGGCGACGGACGUCCGCGCGGGGGUCAGAGAGCGGCAUACUGCAUCCAGAGCCCUUCGUCCAGCCCCCGCAAGCACCCUUGACGUACCCUGCUCCAUAUCUCCCGCACCACCCAGCCAUGGCGACAGUACCGUUUGAUGCUCGUGCACUGCCUGCUGGCUACCUCACGGAGAAGCAGCUGCCAUCGGUCGUCGCGCCAGCGCUGUCAUCGCAACCCGAGCUGCGCAGCUCCCCGACGCGUACGCAAGGGUCCAGCUUCGCUCGCGGGUCAAGCCACGAGAUAUCGAGCGCAACAUCACCCGUCGACCAGGCGUCCAGCGCGCGCACGCGUGCGGGCAGCUCUGCCCCGCGGCGGGAGGUGGACGCUGGGCCUGCCCCGACAGAGGAGCCAUUCGAGGAGGAUUUGCUUCCGCCAGACUACGACGAUGCGACACGGUACCGGCAGGGUCGGUGACAGGAGCGCGCGAUAAAUCUCUGAUUUCGUGACACCUUCCUGGUCCUAACCGUCAAGGCAGGCCCUCAUACUGAUAGAGUCGGCCCCCCUCCUCGGCGCAGGCCACCACCCCCCUUCGAUAGUCCUUCUGUUGUAUUCGUGUUGUUCUGCAUACCCCUA